AGGCCAUGCUGAUGUACGACGCAGUGAAGCUGUUCGUGAUGGCGAUUCAGGCGCUGGACAACUCGACGUACGUGCAGAUUUCACCUCUCAAGUGCGAGCUGGAGGGCGGCUGGAUUCAUGGCAACUCGCUCAUCAACUACAUGAAGAUGGUCUACUUCCCCGGCCUCUCUGGUUUCAUUCGGUUUGACGCUCGUGGAUUCAGGACCGACUUCAUGCUUGACAUUCUCGAACUCGGGAGGGAGAAUCUGACGAAGGUGGGGACGUGGACCCCCAAGGGCGGAACCAACUACACCAGGACGUACCAGAUCGACCAAGAAAAUCAGAUGGAAGGUUUACAGAACAAGACGCUCCGGGUUUGCGUGGCUCUCAAUGACCCGUACAUCAUGCUGAAGGAGAGUUCGGAGCGGCUUAGUGGCAACGAUCGCUUCGAGGGAUUCUGCAUCGACCUCCUCAACGAAAUCGCCGAGAUUCUCAAGUUCAACUUCGUCCUCAUCCCGAUCAAGGCUUACGGCUCCAGGAACGCCACGACGGGGGAGUGGAACGGCAUGAUCAAGGAGCUGCUCGAGGAUCGCGGCGACAUGGCCGUCACGGACCUCACCAUCAACUUCGAGCGCGAGGACGCCGUCGACUUCACGAUGCCGUUCAUGAACCUCGGGAUUUCCAUUUUGUACAAGAAACCCCAGAAGAUGGCGCCUUCCCUUUUCUCCUUCCUUUCGCCCUUGUCAAUUGAAGUUUGGAUUUACAUGAUAACAGCUUAUGUGGGCGUGUCCAUCGUUAUGUAUAUUCUUGCCAGGUUCUCGCCGUACGAGUGGCAGAACCCCCACCCGUGCGACCCCGACCCCGACACGCUGGAGAACCAGUUCACCAUCCUGAACUGCCUGUGGUUCGCCAUUGGCUCCCUUAUGCAGCAAGGCUGUGACUUCCUUCCGCAAGCUGUAUCGACCCGCAUGGUGGCCGGCAUGUGGUGGUUCUUCACUCUGAUCAUGAUUUCGUCCUACACCGCUAACCUCGCCGCUUUCCUCACCGUCGAGCGCAUGGAAUCCCCGAUCGAGUCUGCUGAUGACCUCGCCAAGCAGACCAAGAUCAAGUACGGACUGAAGGAGGGAGGAACCACCUCGGUCUUCUUCAGAGACUCAAAGAUCCCGACCUACAAGCACAUGUGGGACACCAUGAAUAAGUACAAGGAGAUGGGUGAGAACGUCUUCACGGGCUCCAACAAGGAGGGAGCCACUCGGGUGUCGAAAAGCAACGGUCUGUACGCCUUCUUCAUGGAAUCGACAACCAUUGAGUAUGUGAUCGAACGUGAAUGCGAUUUGACUCAAGUUGGAGGUCUUCUGGAUUCGAAAAGUUACGGCAUUGCUCUUCAGCCAGGUUCCCCCUACAAAGGUGUCCUGGACGUAGCCAUUCUCACGCUCCAGUCGAGAGGCAGAUUUCACACAUUAAAAGAAAAGUGGUUUAGACAAAAGAGAGGCGGUGGUAAAUGUAAGGAAGAAGCGGGCGGCAGCAGUAUGGCGAGUGAGCUCAACCUACCGAACGUGGGCGGUGUUUUCGUCGUCCUCAUCGGCGGGAUGGGCCUGGCACUGGUCGUGGCACUCGGGGAGUUCGUCCUCUACUGCUGGGAGAUCUCCAGGGAGGACGAGAAAUCGUUAAUAUCAGUCCUGAGUGAGGAGUUAUGCUUCGUCUUCCAAUGCAAAGGGUCAACGAAGCCCGUGAGGAAGAAAGCGGAAUCAGAGACUGCGGCAGUGGACAACAUGUAUGGGUCUGACGUGUACAACUGCAGCGGCAGAAAUCCACUUACCUGAUUACCGGAAGUGGCGUCAGCCAAUGACGUCACAGUCGACCAUCACCCCGACCAAUGGCCGAUUCCUAGCUACGAGCCCCCACCCCCCUCACCCACCUGAAUGCAUCGACAGUCAACCAGAACACAUCCAUGCUCAGUCAGACCUCAUCCACUGUCGCCAGUCAGGAUUUCUCCUCUUCGCCCUACGUCACGCCGAACCGAAAGUCUUCCCUCUCGCCCACGGCAGACCCGAGCGAGGACCCGCCUCGAGGCCGCGGCGUCGGGCAGCGAAAGAGCUGGUAGCGGCGGGAAAUCCGGAGACCGCCUGGUGCGUUGGCGGCUGGACUCGCCUUGCUUGCUGCGAGGAGCUGCGGACUUUGGGGUGUGAAUUAUACUUCAUAGAUCUGUGUAUAUUAUGCAUAAAUACAUACACACCUAGAUACACAUGUAUGUACUAUAUGCAUACACAUUUUUUUUUAUUGUAUAAACUUCUAGGUCUUUCCCCUCGAACUUUUGGAAGAGUUCGAGAACCUAACUGGAUCUGAGGCCUAUAAGUUCCAUUUUAUAUAGACACACUUUUUUGACUACUCAUUUAGAUAAGUUAUGAAAUAAUCUACCAGACAUGUUAUCAGGUUUGUUUGAUGUUACUGAAGUGUUGGUGCAGAAGUUCAUACACUGUUUGGGAGAUAAGUGUAAGGCGUUGUCUACAGUAUCUUGUUUUUUUAAUAUAUUUGAAAUUACGAUCAGUAUUUUACACAUAGAACUUUUUUCGCGUAUGCUGUGGCGUAAGUUGUUAAAUACGGCAAGUUGUGUAUCGCGGUCACGUUUGAGAAAUUCAUCAAUCUUGUAGUACCCAGUGCAACUAAUAUAUUGCCUUGAAAGUGACCCGCAACAUCGGAUCUCGGGUUUUGGUGAACUCGUAAUGAAUCCGUACAUAUCAAAACUCGCUAAAACGUUGUUUUGAAGAAGAAAACGUGCAUCACACCCUGAUGUGCUAUAUUUCCUAUGACCGUUAUUUUACCAUACCGCACAUGGCAUGGUAACAUUUCCUUUUUCUGUGUUUUUGGAGGCAUGAGCUUCAGAAUUUACGCGAGUGAAAUGCUAAUUGCGUCUCCUACCAUAUCUAUUAGCUAGCCCGAAUUACACACGAACAGAACUUGCAUACACGUACACCGUUUUUUCUUCUUUUUAUUACAUUCGACACAAUUAUGAAAUUAGAUGUGUGCACAUGCUCUGAGAAUGUAACUAUUGGUUUAAUUACAACAUGGACUUGACAGUUAUAUUCAUACCGAAUUGCUAUGCCUUCGUCUAUAUUAUCGGUAUUAGUAAAAUAAACAAAUAAAUAAAUAGAUAAACAAAAAAUAAAAGAAAAUAAAACAAAGGAUAAAUUUUCGUUUAUCAAAAUACACACCAUAACAAAGGCUUCUCUGAAAGGAUGAAAACAUUUUUUUUGUAAAAUGAUAUAUGGUAGAAGCCAUUACAAAUUGGCAUUCUUAAGAGUACUUGGAAAGAGAGAAAAAAUGAAUAAUGUUAAACAGAUAUGUAUUGUUUCAUCAUGUAUUCUUUUGGAAUCAAAUGCCAUUUUUAUCUUUGUCAUUACGGAAUCUCAAUUUUGUGUGCGCGAUAGAUUAUGUGGCAAUGUGUUGAUAUUAGUGACACUAAUUUUGUUCAUUUCCUCCCAUACCUCGCCAAUGACUUGUUAUUCAUUUCUUACUGUUCAUCAUAAUCAUCAAAUUCAUUUCAUGAUAGGUGUCAACUUGAUGGAAACUGCUUCAUUUCAUUUCCAAGGCCUUCCCUGCAGUUUGGAAUCUACUAUUGAAAAAAUAUUUUUUUCCGCACGUGUUAGGCUUGGUGACACCAGUGGGUUACGCCCCAAUGAUGCUGUAAAUGAUCACUACUUGUUUACGGUGUUCACUAUCCAUUGCUGUAUGUUGUACAUUGCUUUGAACGAUGGUGUUGUCUAGAGUGAUAAUAACGAUAUUCUCUUCUUUCCCUUUUCUUAUUCUUUGAGAGUCUUCCCCCAUAUGCAGUGGCUAAUAACCCCUUCUUUCCUGGCCAUUUAUUACUCGAGUCUACAAGUGGAGAUUCAUUAGUUUAUCCAGAUCAGCUGUUCCUGUAUUUCGGUAUGGGAGGCACACGGCCAGCGCCAAGGGUACUCUGCAGUUCCCUGUGAGAAAACACAAGAGUAUUUUGUUCGUGGUUCUCAGAUUAUGAUUAAACUGGGAACCUGGAGCUGCAGAAGGAAGUUUGGUCCGAGAAUGGAUGGAAAACCCAUUUGUUUUAUUUCGUUCAGUCCUUUCCAUCAAAAAUCUUGAAACAAGGCUCUUGAGACAACUGAAACAUAAAUGUGUGUCUGGGUUCAGGAGGGCAAGUACCUGGGAUUCGGUAUGAUGAUUGCUUAAUAAAAGGAAAACAGAAAGCUUCCUUCUAUGGAAAUUUGGAAGAAGCAUUUGUUCUGUAUUCAACUCCCACCGAAAAUAGUUGUUUCUAAGAAAGUAACUUAGCUAAAACAACUUCCAAUUCUUCAUGAAAAUGGAUUAACAUCUAAAUCCGCAAUUCUGACCUCAAAUAAUUCCACAUAAUAUGAAGCCGAUGUUUUCACUGUAUAAAGUAUCUUCUUAUUCUUUCUUACCAUUCGCACAAUCAUGAACUGGCAUGCCCCCAUCCUGACUUUGUCUUUCUUUCUACUUGAUGGUAAAAGAAACUUGUCUCUAAAUGGCUUGAAAUCAUUAUUGUAAGUGUUUUUACCCGUCUGGAUUGUUUUUUCUUCAGCCCUGUGUAAGUAUUUCAUGAAAAAUAAAGUUCUUAAACCGAAAA